UUCUUUCCUCUUCUUUCUGACAUAGACAAAGUAUUUCUAUCAUUUUUCCGACCAACUGCGAGUGAAUCCGUGUCAACUAUGGCGGAGAAAUCCGGUGCUGGGACCUCCUUGAUGGUUCUACAGCCUAGCAGGCUGGUCACACCAGGCGCACUCACCUAAGAGACCUCGGCCUAAAUCAAUUGAACUUGAAACUGGCGUAGCAGACAAGAAACAGAAGAUGGGACCUCCAGAACCUAAGAUGGGACUGUCCAAUCUGACAAGGGCAAAGAGCAUGUCUACCAUGAGCCUUGCAGACAAAUCGACAACUAGAGGAGGUCGUCUUAACACAACAACUACUACUACGCGCCUUGCGUUAAACCGUUCUACAGUCUCAAGUGUGCGCCCAGGAAUCGACCGGCGCACAACUACAGCUAGCGCACUGAACUCGAGAACUGACAAAGAGAACAGAUUGAACCGUGAAAAGAGCUCUGUGGGCCCUGGGUUCACCAGGGAGAAGAGCCCAGUCUCCAGGGGCGGGGUGCAUCUAGGGGUGGGAAGUGCCCCGCCUGGGAUCUCAAGGGAAGGUUGGAGGAUAUGGAGUCCAAGUUCAGCGAGACUUUGGCUUGUGUUUCCAACCUCGAGAAUGAGAAGAGGAACCUCAAGACCGAUAACGAGGUCAAAAAGGAGGUGGUCACACAAACACACAAGGAGGUCAUUGACCUCAGACAGCAACUAGAAAACGCCCAGGCCGAAGUGGAUUCUUUUAAGAAAAAACUAAGUAACCUUGAGGAUGAGCAUUCUACUGAAGUUAAUAGGCUACGACGACAGUUGGAAAAUGAGGAAUUUGCUAAAUCAAGCCUGGAGAGGAGAUUAAAAUCUUUAGAGGAUGAGCUGUCUAGUAAGCAGACUGAAGUUUCUGGAUUAAAGAAUUCUGUGGCUGAACUCAGCAGCAGUAGAGCAGGACUAGAGGCAAACUAUCAGAAUACAACUGCACAAUUGGAAACUGCUAAAACAAGGAUAACUGAGCUGGAAGAGAAGACUGCGUCCCAGUCCGCGGAGAUGGAGAAGAUAAAGGAGAAACUAAAUUGGGAGGAAACUGAGAGAAGGAAACUCCAUAAUCUAGUCCAAGAACUCAAGGGAAAUAUUCGUGUGUUCUGUCGAGUGAGGCCUCUGCUCGGAGAUGAAAUUCAGAAGUAUGGUAGUAUUCAGCACCUAGUUAUCAGUAAUGAUUGUUCGCUGGAGUUAGUAAAGAAUACUGGAGAGAAGGAUGAUAUUGCCGGGGGUCUUCAUAAAAAUAUGAAGUAUGAUUUUGAGUUUGACCGUGUGUUUGAUCAGUCCGCUACUCAGGAUUUAGUUUUCCAGGAGAUCAGCCAACUUGUACAGUCAGCACUUGACGGUUACAAUGUGUGUGUGUUUGCCUACGGACAGACUGGAAGUGGUAAAACCUAUACUAUGGAGGGAGGAGAUGUAGAGGAUUUAGAGCAGGCUGGUAUGAUCCCCAAGACGAUCAAACAGAUAUUCGAGAGUACAGAGAGAUUGAAAGAGAAAGGUUGGGAGUAUACAUUCCAGGCGUCCUUCCUUGAGAUCUACAACGAGGAGAUCAGGGACCUCCUUGCCACCGAGAAGAACCUCAAGUAUGAAAUCAAGAUGACCGACUCUAAGGGGGCAGAUAUGUUCGUCACCAACCUCAAGAUAGAGACUGUUACCUCGGAGUCGAUGAUUUACAAUCUGAUGAGGAGAGCUAGGAAACAAAGAGCGGUAGCAGAAACACUGUGCAAUGAGAGAUCAUCAAGAUCACAUUCAAUAUUUAUGCUCAGGAUAACUGGAACUAACAGUGUGACUACUGAAUCCUGCUGUGGGACCCUAAACCUGGUAGAUCUAGCAGGAUCAGAGAGAAUCAAGGAGUCUGGUAGCGAAGGCCAGAGGUUAACAGAAGCGAAGGCAAUCAAUAAAUCACUUUCCAAUCUGGGAAAUGUUAUUAUGGCGUUAGCACAGAAGGAAUCCCAUGUACCGUAUCGAAACUCUAAGCUGACCCACCUGCUGCAGAACUACCUGGGUGGGAACAGUAAAACUUUGAUGUUUGUAAACGUGAACCCUAAGGAGGACAACUUCAAUGAAACAUUGAACUCUUUAAGGUUUGCUUCGAAGGUGAACCAGUGUAAUAUCGGUACUGCGGUCAAGAAAGUGAAGUAAAUUGGGUCCCAAGAUUCAGAUGAAAAGAUAUCUAAAUAUAUUAUUUUAGUGUUAUAUUAUUUUUAAUCCGAAUCUUUAUUCAUUGAAACUCUGGUUUAGAGAAAUAUUUGAAGUAAAGCACAAAUAAAUCCGAAAAUUCUUGUUCAA